AUGGCUCUAUCUUGUAGGCCAUUCUUGCUCGCCUUCGUCUUCCUUGCAUCUUCUGCUAGUUCCAUGGCGCUUGCUUUAGAGUCCAUUCCAGCUGGUACAUCCACAAGCAACAUUACUGACCAUCUUGCGCUCAUGUCAUUCAAGUCGCUUGUGAGGAGCGAUCCGUCACGGGCCCUGGCUUCAUGGGGCAACCAGUCUGUUCCGAUGUGCCAGUGGAAUGGCGUGGCAUGCGGACUGAGGGGAAGCCGCCGUGGCCGUGUGGUAGCGUUGGACCUCGGUGGGCUCAACCUUCUCGGCACCAUUACCGCGUUGGGCAACCUCACGUACUUGAGGCAGCUCAACCUUUCAUGGAAUCGCUUUCAUGGCAUCCUUCCACCAGAACUUGGUAAUCUCUAUAACCUUGAGACUCUGCACCUUGGCUACAAUUCCAUCCAAGGACAUAUGCCGCCUUCACUCUCGAAUUGUAGCCACCUUGUCAACAUCUCACUCAUCAAUAAUAACUUGCAAGGGGAGAUCCCAAGCGAGUUCAGCUUGCUGUAUAAUCUCGAAUUACUCAGUCUUGACCAAAAUAGGCUUGCAGGGAGAAUCCCUACCAGCAUUGGGAGCCUUGUGAAUCUGAAGGUGCUGUCUCUAGAUUUUAACAGCAUGAUAGGAGAAAUCCCAACAGGUAUAGGCAGCCUCGCCAACCUCGUAAGACUUAGCCUAGAUUCCAACAAGUUCUCAGGAAUCAUCCCCAGCUCAGUUGGUAACCUCUCAGCAUUGACCUUUCUUAAUGUUUACAACAAUAGCUUAGAAGGAAGCAUACCACCACUUCAAGGCCUCUCGUCUCUUUCUUAUCUUGAGUUGGGGAACAACAAGCUUGAAGGGCGUAUCCCUUCAUGGUUAGGAAACCUCACUUCAUUACAAGUCAUAGAUUUUCAAGACAAUGGUCUUGUGGGCCGAAUCCCAGAAUCAUUAGGAAGUCUUGAGCAGCUUACAAUCCUCUCUCUCUCAACUAACAACCUUUCAGGUUCCAUACCCCAUGCUCUUGGAAACCUCCAUGCCCUCACUCAACUUUACAUAGAUACUAAUGAACUAGAAGGCCCUUUGCCUCCGAUGUUAAAUCUCUCUUCUCUUGAAAUUCUGAACAUACAAUUUAAUAAUCUGGUCGGGGUUCUUCCACCUAAUUUAGGCAAUACACUUCCAAACUUACAACAGUGUCUUGUGGCAUUUAAUCAAUUUCACGGCGUGCUGCCGUCAUCCUUGUGCAAUACCUCUAUGCUUCAAAUCAUUCAAAUAGAAGAAAACUUGCUAUCCGGAACAAUUCCACAGUGCUUGGGAAGUCACCAACAGAACCUUGCCUCCGUGAGCCUAGGAGGAAAUCAGCUUGAAGCAUCCAAUGUUGCUGAUUGGGGCUUUAUGACUAGUUUGACCAACUGUAGCAAUAUGAAUCAGUUGGAACUUGGUGCUAAUAAACUACGUGGUGUGCUGCCAAAUUCAAUUGGUAAUCUAUCAACUCAACUGGAGUAUCUUGGCAUAAGAGACAACCUUAUAACAGGAACAAUACCGGAAACAAUAGGGAACCUCAUCGGCUUAGGUGAAUUGUACAUGCAACAUAAUGUUCUCGAAGACACUAUUCCUGCAUCUCUUAGCAAACUGAACAAAUUGAGCAAAUUAUAUUUAUCAAAUAAUAAUUUGUCAGGACCCAUCCCUGUAACUCUUGGCAAUCUAACACAGCUUAUUAUCCUUGACCUCAGUACCAAUGCAAUCUCUGGAGCUAUACCUUCUAGCCUCAGCAGUUGUCCUUUACAGUCACUGGAUCUUUCUCACAACAAUCUUUCUGGUGUUACGAACGACGUAUAG